AUGGAUUACAGGUAUGAGCUACUGAACCUGGCCCCAAACUGGAAACUUGUAGCUUUUGGAGUCUGGAGCUCCGGCGUGUUCGAGUUGAAGCUGCAGGAGUUCGUCAACAAGAAGGGCUUGCUGGGGAACCGCAACUGCUGCCGCGGGGACGCGGGCCCGCCCUGCGCCUGCAGGACCUUCUUCCGCGUGUGCCUGAAGCACUACCAGGCCAGCGUGUCCCCCGAGCCGCCCUGCACCUACGGCAGCGCCGUCACCCCGGUGCUGGGCGUCGACUCCUUCAGCCUGCCCGACGGCGGCGCGGGCCCCGACGCCGCCUUCAGCAACCCCAUCCGCUUCCCCUUCGGCUUCACCUGGCCCGGCACCUUCUCUCUGAUUAUUGAAGCCCUCCACACAGAUUCUCCAGACGACCUGGCAACAGAAAAUCCAGAAAGACUCAUCAGCCGCCUAGCCACACAGAGGCAUCUGACAGUGGGUGAGGAGUGGUCUCAGGACUUACACAGCAGUGGCCGGACAGACCUCAAGUAUUCCUACCGCUUUGUGUGUGACGAACAUUACUACGGGGAAGGCUGUUCUGUGUUCUGCCGCCCCAGAGAUGACGCCUUUGGCCACUUCACCUGCGGAGAGAGAGGGGAGAAGGUGUGCAACCCCGGCUGGAAAGGCCAGUACUGCACCGAACCCAUCUGCCUGCCAGGGUGCGAUGACCUGCACGGAGUCUGUGACAAGCCCGGGGAGUGCAAGUGCAGAGUGGGGUGGCAGGGCCGGUACUGCGACGAGUGCAUCAGGUACCCAGGCUGUCUGCAUGGCACCUGCCGGCAGCCCUGGCAGUGCAACUGCCAGGAAGGCUGGGGCGGCCUCUUCUGCAACCAGGACCUAAACUACUGCACACAUCACAAACCCUGCAGGAAUGGUGCCACCUGCACUAACACAGGCCAGGGGAGCUAUACGUGCUCCUGUAGGCCCGGAUACACUGGUGCUAACUGUGAGCUGGAAGUCGAUGAGUGUGCCCCCAGCCCCUGUAGGAAUGGAGGGAGUUGCACGGAUCUUGAGGACAGCUAUUCCUGCACCUGUCCACCUGGCUUCUACGGCAAGGUCUGUGAGCUGAGCGCCAUGACCUGUGCAGAUGGCCCCUGCUUCAAUGGGGGGCGAUGCUCCGACAACCCAGACGGAGGCUAUGCCUGCCGCUGCCCCGCGGGCUUCUCCGGCUUCAACUGUGAGAAGAAGAUGGAUCUCUGCAGCUCCUCUCCCUGCUCCAACGGUGCCACCUGUGUGGACCUUGGCAGUGCCUACUUGUGUCGCUGCCAGGCUGGCUUCUCCGGGAGACACUGUGAGGACAACGUGGACGACUGUGCCUCCUCCCCCUGUGCGAAUGGGGGCACCUGCAGGGACGGUGUGAACGAGUUCUUCUGUACCUGCCCGCCCGGCUACACAGGCAGGAACUGCAGCACCCCUGUCAGCAGGUGUGAGCACGCUCCCUGCCACAAUGGGGCCACCUGCCACCAGCGGGGCCAGCGCUAUGUGUGCGAGUGUGCCCAGGGGUACGGGGGCCCCAACUGCCAGUUCUUGCUCCCUGAGCCUCCGCCGGGCCCCGUGGUGGUGGACCUCACGGAGAAGUUUGUGGAAGGCCAGGGCGGGCCGCUCCCCUGGGUGGCUGUGUGUGCAGGGGCAGUGCUCGUCCUGCUGCUGCUGCUAGGCUGUGCUACCACCGUGGUCUGCGUCCGGCUGAGGCUGCCAAAACACCGACCGCCGGCGGACCCCUGCCGGGGGGAGACCGAAACCAUGAAUAACCUGGCCAACCGCCAGCGUGAGAAGGACGUCUCGGUCAGUGUCAUCGGGGCCACACAGAUCAAGAACACCAACAAGAAGGCGGACCUCCAGGGGGACCAGGGAGCCGGCAAGGGUGGCUUCAAGGCCCGGUACUCAGCGGUGGACUAUAACCUUGUGCAGGACAUCAAGGGCGAUGAAGCCGCGAUCAGGGAUGCACACAGCAAGCGGGACACCAAGUGCCAGCUGCAGGGCUCUGCAGGGGAGAAGUGCACCCCAACAAUCAGGGGUGGGGAAGCACCUGAGAGAACAAGGCCUGAGUCUGUCUACUCCACUUCAAAGGACACCAAGUACCAGUCGGUGUACGUCAUAUCUGAAGAGAAGGACGAGUGCGUCAUAGCAACUGAGGUGUAAGAUGGAAGUGAUAGAGCAAAGUUCCCAUUUCUCUUAAAAUAAAUAAAAUUCCAAGGAUAUAGCCCCAACGAAUGCUGCUGAAAGAGGAAAGGGAGACCCCAGGGACUGCUGCUGAGAAACAGGUUCAGGCCGAGCUGGUUCUCCUCCUGGAGUUGGCAGAGCCGCCCAACACUGCCGGGCCCGUGGCUCUGGAUGCCGUUGCCCAGCCUGCUGGAUGUUCCGUUGCACUAUGAACAGUUGCUUUUCAGAGUAUAUAUUUAAACGGACGGACUUAAUAUGCAUAGGAAGCAUGCACUGCCCAUGUGUCUAUCUUGGAGUUUUAUGAGCCAGUCUUUUCUUGAACUAGAAACACAACUGCCUUUAUUGUCCUUUUUGAUACCGAAAUGUGUUUUUUUCUAGAUGGAAAAAACGUGUGUUAUUUUUUAGACUUGUAAAAAUAUUUUUCACAAUAUCUGUAAAGCUCGAGUAUUUUGUGAUGUUCGUUUUUUAUAAUUUAAAUUUUGGUAAAUAUGUACAAAGGCACUUCGGGUCUAUGUGACUAUAUUUUUUGUAUAUAAAUGUAUUUAUGAAAUAUUGUGCAAAUGUUAUUUGAGUUUUUUACUGUUUUGCUAAUGAAGAAAUUCCUUUUAAAAAUAUUUUUCCAAAAUAAAUAUUAUGAAUGACAACCGGCA